UCAGGCCCUCUCAUUCAUCACUCGACGGAUGAAACGGAAAAAAACGGUCUCUUCCUCUCCACCUCCCAUUUAAAAAGAAACUCUCCCUCUCUCCUUCUCUCACCACCACUUCCUAACAGCGCCCAUGGCGCACAGUAGCACUAUCCUACACCGCCCCUUCUCCUCCUCCUCCUCUCCUUCCUUACCUUCUUUCCGUCUUUUCUCCUUCCACUAUAAAAACCUCCUCUUCCCUCCAAAACCUCUCUCGUCCCUCUCUCUUCUCUCUCUUUCUUCUUCUCCUUCUUUCUCUCCCACUCGUGUUUCGACAGCUCCGGUCGAGUACGCUCCAGCUCCAGACUCUGAUUUCCAGAAGGAGAUCCGGCGCCUCGAAAUCCUCCGAUCCCGGCUCUCCAAUUCCCCCGACCUCAAUUCCAGACUCUGCAUCCUCGACACCGACUCCAGAGUCCAGAAGUUCUUUGAGAAUUCUAGGGUUUUCUCUUUGCUCGGCCUUGAACGCGCCGAGCUGUUCCUGCUCAAAUGCCUUGUUGCUGCAGGCCAAGAGCAUGUGCUGGAAAGCGCGUAUGGGGCUUUCUAUGGGGACGGAGAGAGCAGUCUUGCCGAGUUGAGGAAGCUGGUUCAGAUAUUGGGAGAGAUUGAAUGGUUCUAUGAUUGCAUAGGAGGCGUUAUUGGGUAUCAGAUAAUGGUUUUGGAGCUCCUUUCACCAUCCAAAUCCGAGAGGCAGAUCAUGAAUUGGUCCCUGCACCUGGACGAGUCAAUGAAAUGCCAAUUUAAGGAAAUUCAUUUUCCGAGUGGAGUUGAUCUUUCUGACAAUACAGAAUAUGCAUCUCAAGCAGCAUUAUGGGGAAUUGAGGGUUUGGCAGAACUGGGUGAAAUUUAUCCUCUGGGCGGCUCUGGGGACAGGCUUGGUUUAGUUGACCCUGUCACAGGUGAAUGUCUUCCUGCUGCAAUGCUUCCUUAUUGUGGACGGACUUUAUUGGAAGGUCUUAUAAGAGAUCUUCAGGCUAGAGAGUUCCUCUAUUAUAAGCUCUAUGGAAAGCAAUGCAUCACCCCUGUUGCAAUCAUGACAAGUUCUGCAAAGAACAAUAAUCAGUGCAUCAUGGCUCUCUGUGAAAGACUCGGAUGGUUUGGAAGAGGUCGAUUGAGUUUUCAAUUUUUUGAGCAGCCUCUAGUGCCAGCCGUUGGUGCAGAAGAUGGUCGUUGGUUGGUUGCUAAGCCCUUCACUCCAGUGUGCAAACCUGGUGGUCAUGGUGUGAUAUGGAAACUUGCAUAUGACAAAGGCAUUUUCCAGUGGUUUUAUAGCCAUGGAAGAAAAGGUGCAACUGUACGACAAGUCAGUAAUGUGGUGGCUGCAACAGAUUUGACCCUAUUGGCAUUGGCGGGGAUUGGCCUCCGCCAUGGAAAGAAAUUAGGGUUUGCAUCCUGUGAGCGGAAAAUUGGAGCUACAGAAGGAAUUAAUGUUCUUAUUGAGAAAAAGAACCUUGAUGGUCAAUGGGCAUAUGGUCUAACAUGUAUUGAAUACACCGAGUUUGAAAAGUUUGGCAUCACAUAUGCGCCUAAUUCUCCUAACAGCUUGCAGGCAGAGUUCCCUGCUAAUACAAACAUUCUAUACGUUGAUUUAGCUUCUGCUGAGAAAGUUGGAUCCAAUAAAAAUGCAACCAGCCUACCAGGGAUGGUACUGAAUCUCAAAAAGCCUAUUGUAUAUGUGGACCAUCUUGGAAUGCGGCAUAGUGUCUCUGGUGGCAGGUUGGAGUGCACAAUGCAAAAUAUUGCUGAUAACUUUCUAAAUACAUAUUCUUCUAGAUGUUAUAAAGAUGUAGAAGAUGCAUUGGACACCUUCAUUGUAUAUAAUGAAAGAAGAAAGGUCACGUCAUCUGCUAAAAAGAAAAGAAGACAGGCAGACAAAUCUUUGCACCAGUUUUGUCUUGAUGAACAGACUCCAGAUGGUUCCUUGUUGGAUAUUAUAAGAAAUGCAUCUGAUCUUCUUUCACGCUGUGAUAUAAAAAUUCCCAAGAUUGAAGACAACAAUAAAUACAUUCAAACUGGACCACCAUUUCUCAUUCUUCUCCAUCCAGCCUUGGGCCCACUUUGGGAGGUCACCAGACAAAAGUUCUAUGGAGGCUCUAUUUCUGACGGCUCUGAGUUACAAUUAGAAGUGGCGGAGUUCUUGUGGAGGGAUGUUCAGCUUGAUGGAAGCCUCAUUGUUGUUGCUGAGAAUGUCAUGGGCUCAACUAGGAACCAUGAAAAUGAUGAACCAAUAUUGCAUUAUGGAUAUAGGUGUGGAAGAUGUAAGCUACAGAAUGUCAAGGUCUUGAAUAAUGGAAUUGACUGGAAGUCUCCUGAAAACAUUUAUUGGAAGCAUGAUGUCAAGCGUAUUGAGGCAUUGAAGGUCAUACUUCAUGGAAAUGCUGAAUUCGAGGCAACAGACGUGGUCCUGCAGGGAAAUCAUGUUUUUGAAGUUCCAAAUGGUCACAGGCUGCGUAUCACCUCUGGAAAUCCAGGUUUGUUAGUGAAGUUAGACCCCAUAAAGACAGAGAUGAUGGACAGCGGAAGCUGGUUCUGGAAGUAUAAGCUAGACGGCACACACAUUCGCCUGGAAAUGGUGGAACUGUAGCUUACUAACCCAAAACUUGGUCUCACUUCCUGUGAAUCGGUGUUCACAGGUUUGACUCGAAGAUUACGCUGUCAUCUCCGGCCUGUUCAGUUCUUGAUUAGUUGAACAGAAGUUCAAUUCAACCCCUCGGAUGUAAGUGUUUUUUCUUUUUUUAAUAAGAUGUUGAUUCCGAGUUUUGUAAAUUAUUGAGGGCUCGACGCCUCCUGUAAUCUAAAUGUAAUUUCUGGAUUCAGCUUAUGAGCAAUGAAUAUUUCAUAUUCUCUUCC